CUGUACUGUUAGCUGCUGGUCAGUCAUCUCAGCAACCCAGCACUGUCUUAUAAGAAACCACGAGAAAAAAAGAGAAAGGGAGAAAAGGGGAAAGAGGAGAGGAAAGAAGGGACAAGAGAGGCGUUGGGAGAUUUGAAGGCAGGUUAUGGGUCAGUCACGAUCUUGUAGUUAAAAAGAGGUACACGUAGUGACUCCCUCAGAGAGAGAGAGAGAGAGAGAGAGAGAGAGAGAGAGAGAGAGAGAGAGAGAGAGAGAGAGAGAGAGAGAGUCUCUUAGAGUUUAGUCUCUCACAGGUCCACUGGCUACAGUCACCCCGACACACUUCUCCAGUUCAAUGGGGCAAUUACACUAAAUUGGAUUUUUAGAAAUAAAACUACCCUCUAUUUAAAAUCAUAUUUCUACAAUAUAGAAUAUUAUCUAGACAUAUACAUAUAUAUACAGGGAUUCAUUUGUUUUCACGUACCCACAGUCCAGACUGUGAGAAAUUGAAAUAUGGAUUUGCCGAGCUCAUCCACUCGGAAGAAACGGCGACCCUGGUUCUCGGACCUCGCCUCUUUCGCAGCGCUGGCUCUGGUGUUGUCGCACAGCACGUCGACUGCGGCAGCAGACCCUGUUGAUGUAUUGAAGGUGCUGCAGCUCCACACUCUCCCGGAGGGGGUCCAAAAGGCCCCUGGGUUCUGUCCCACUCGUCGCACGGGCCGCAGUGAUGUGGCGUACAGGAUAUCCAAGCAAGCCCAGAUCAGUGCCCCCACCAAGCAGCUCUUCUCAGGUCAGUUCCCGGAGAACUUCUCGAUCAUGGCUCUGGUGAAGGCGACGGCGGGGCUGCAGGCAUUCCUGCUCUCGGUGUACAGCGGGCAGGGGGUGCAGCAGCUGGGCGUGGAGCUGGGCCGGUCCCCCGUCUUCCUGUAUGAGGACCAGAAUGGGAAACCAGUUCCUGAGGACUACCCACUCUUCAAAGGGAUCAACCUGGCCGACGGAAAGUGGCACCGUGUGGCUCUCAGUGUGCAGAAGAAGGAAGUGACACUCAUCCUGGACUGUAAGAAGCGCAUCAGCAAGCCCCUCCCCCGCAGUGACAAGCCCACCAUCGACACCAAGGGCAUUGUGGUGUUCGGCAGCAGGAUCCUGGAUGAGGAGGUGUUUGAGGGUGAUAUCCAGCAGCUCCUGAUCGCCUCUAACCCCCAGGCUGCGUAUGAUUACUGUGAGCACUACAGCCCUGACUGCGACACUGCGCUGCCCGACAUACCUCAAGCACAGGAGGCUAAAGACUACAAGAAAAGCAAAGCCGCUGUCAGCCACAAGGACGCGGUCAAAGCCAAACCCAAACCGGCCGCGUCCAACGGCAACACAAAGACUCCCCCGAAAAACAAAAAUGUCAGCAACGACGGCAAGGCCCCCCCCUCUAAAAAAUCCCCCCCCAAGCCUGCUGCCGCCACCCCGGUUAAAACCGCAGCCACAAAGACCCCCAAAGCCAAGGUAGCCGCGGUGAAAAACAUGGUCAGCAAAGCUCCGGUUAAAAAAAGUGCAAUCGCAGCCACCACGGCCGGCAAAAGCAAGAAGAGACCCGGCAGCGGCUAUCAACAGGAUGUAAGCACCGCCCCCACAGUGGCAGGCCACACCCCCUCUGAGGCAGACCACACCCCCUACCCAGGGGAGGAGUACUAUUACACUCUAAAGGAGGAGCCUGGGGCAGGACAGGAGCUUAUUGGACAGGGGGAGACAGGCCCGCCCCCUGUCACUGAGGAGGAGAAAGUGAAGGUUGGUUCUGAAGCCCCUGCUGAGGAGCUCUUCACAGAGGAGUAUGUGACAGGGGACAGUGAGGCCGAGGCAGGCCCCGGGGCCACAGAGUACGAUUACUCCUACAAGGACUUCAAAGACUACGGCCCCACCCAUGACAACAACCCCGCCCAGAUAGGCCCCGCCCUCUCUGCAGAGACAGAGGAAGGAGGUGCCAUCGUGAGGGGACUGAAAGGAGAGAAGGGAGAGCCGGCUGUGAUGGAACCUGGCAUGCUGAUUGAAGGACCCCCAGGACAUGAAGGCCCAGCUGGUCUCCCCGGCCCCCCUGGCCCCACAGGACCUCCAGGCUCUAUAGGCGAACCAGGAGAGAGGGGCCCCACUGGUCGAGCUGGCUUACCUGGUGCUGACGGAUUACCUGGCCCCCCUGGCAGCUCCAUCAUGCUUCCUUUCCGGUUUGGGAUGAGUGCGGGGGAGAAGGGGCCCAUUGUUUCUGCUCAGGAGGCGCAGGCACAGGCUAUCCUGCAGCAGGCCAGGCUGGCUCUGAAGGGCCCUCCUGGACCAAUGGGAUUCACCGGUCGCCCGGGACCCAUGGGGACCCCUGGCAGCCCGGGACUGAAGGGAGAAUCUGGUGAUCCUGGGGCUCAGGGCCCCCGAGGGCCACAGGGAUUAUCAGGGCCCCCUGGCAAAUCUGGCCGCAGGGGUCGUGCGGGAGCAGACGGAGCUCGUGGAAUGCCCGGUGAAUCUGGACCUAAGGGUGACAGGGGUUUCGAUGGCCUGCCUGGUCUUCCUGGGGACAAAGGACACAGAGGAGAGCCUGGAGCUUUGGGGCCCCCUGGACCCUUGGGAGAGGAUGGAGAGAGGGGAGACGAUGGAGAAGUGGGACCAAGAGGACUGCCUGGUGAACCUGGACCCCGUGGACUGCUGGGACCUAAAGGACCCCCUGGUAUUCCUGGACCCCCUGGUGUGCGUGGAAGUGAUGGACCUCACGGACCAAAAGGAAAUCUUGGGCCACAAGGAGAACCCGGACCCCCAGGACAGCAAGGGACAUCAGGAACUCAGGGUAUGCCAGGACCUCAGGGUGCAAUGGGACCCCCGGGGGAGAAGGGGCCGGUCGGGAAGCCAGGACUGCCAGGAAUGUCAGGAGCCGAUGGACCCCCUGGACACCCAGGCAAAGAGGGGCCAACUGGAACUAAAGGGAACCAGGGUCCCAAUGGCCCACAGGGUCCUAUUGGCUAUCCAGGACCACGUGGUGUAAAGGGUGCGGAAGGUGUCCGUGGACUGAAGGGACACAAGGGGGAGAAGGGUGAAGACGGGUUCCCCGGGUUUAAGGGAGACUUGGGGGUGAAGGGAGACCGGGGGGAGCUCGGUGUGCCUGGUCAGAGAGGGGAGGACGGUCCGGAGGGUCCCAAAGGCAGAGUCGGACCCCCAGGGGAACUGGGUCCAAUAGGACUGGUCGGAGAGAAGGGUAAACUGGGAGUCCCUGGUCUGCCUGGAUACCCGGGGAGACAAGGCCCCAAGGGUUCACUCGGUUUCCCAGGGUUCCCCGGGACAAACGGAGAGAAGGGAGCGCGGGGUUUGAUUGGAAAAACUGGACCUAGAGGUCAGAGGGGACCAACGGGCCCCAGGGGACAGAGGGGACCCAGAGGGGCCACAGGCAAACCAGGGGCUAAGGGUACAUCUGGCAGUGAUGGCCCAGCUGGUCCACCAGGAGAGAGGGGUCUGCCAGGACCUCAAGGACCCAAUGGAUUCCCAGGACCGAAGGGGCCCCCGGGACCCAGUGGAAAGGACGGGCUGCCUGGACACCCAGGACAGAGAGGAGAAGUGGGUUUCCAAGGCAAGACUGGCCCACCAGGACCCCCUGGAGUAGUGGGACCCCAGGGCCCCUCCGGAGAGAGCGGUCCGUUGGGAGAGCGAGGGCACCCGGGCCCCUCAGGACCCCCCGGAGAGCAGGGCCUGCCAGGUGCUUCAGGGAAGGAGGGCACCAAGGGAGAUCCAGGCCCCAUGGGGGCCCCAGGCAAGGACGGACCACCAGGACUGAGGGGUUUCCCUGGAGAGAGGGGUCUUCCGGGCACAGCGGGCGGCAUGGGGCUGAAGGGUAAUGAAGGACCAGCUGGACCCCCCGGGCCUGCGGGCUCUGCUGGUGAGCGAGGUGCCGCAGGGCAGGGUGGUCCCAUCGGCCCCCCAGGCAGACCUGGCCCCCAGGGGCCUCCUGGAGCAGCUGGAGAGAAGGGAGUUCCCGGAGUGAAAGGUCCAAUUGGGCCUGCAGGUCGUGACGGGGUUCAGGGUCUGGUGGGUCUGCCCGGGCCAGCGGGGCCCCUGGGGACACCAGGAGAGGACGGAGACAAGGGUGAGAUCGGAGAGCCUGGACAGAAGGGUGCCAAAGGAAGCAAGGGAGAGCAUGGUCCCCCUGGGCCCCCAGGUCCAAUGGGUCCAGUAGGACAGCCUGGAGCUGCUGGUGCUGAUGGCGAGCUUGGCCCCAGGGGUCAGCAGGGUCCGUUCGGAGCGAAGGGAGACGAGGGACCCCGAGGGUUCCCCGGUCCUCCCGGCCCGAUCGGAUUGCAGGGUUUGCCUGGUCCAUCAGGAGAGAAAGGAGAGACUGGAGACGUGGGCCCCAUGGGCCCCCCAGGUCCCCCGGGCCCCAGAGGUCCAGCUGGCCCCAGUGGAGCUGAUGGUCCGCAAGGUCCCCCUGGAGGUUUGGGUAACCCUGGUAAUGUAGGAGAGAAGGGAGAGCCAGGUGAGUCCGGAGCCCCAGGUGUAGCAGGAGAGCCCGGUGCAAAGGGCCCUCGCGGGGAGCGUGGAGAGAAGGGGGAGGCUGGACAGCCUGGCACAGCUGGACCAGCGGGAGUGAAAGGGCCCACCGGAGACGAUGGACCCAAAGGAAACCCCGGCCCAGUUGGAUUCCCAGGUGACCCAGGACCCCCAGGAGAGCUCGGACCCCGAGGUCAAGAUGGAGCGAAGGGUGAGAGAGGAGAGGAUGGAGAGCAAGGACAAGCGGGCUCCCCCGGACCCACUGGUGAGAAUGGCCCCCCAGGACCUCCCGGAAAGAGGGGUCCUGCUGGAACAAGAGGUCCGGAGGGGCGACAGGGAGAGAAGGGAUCCAAGGGUGACCCGGGUGCAAACGGCCCAGCUGGAAAGACAGGUGCAGUCGGGCCCCAGGGGCCCCCAGGCAAACCCGGUACUGAGGGGCUGAGAGGCAUCCCAGGAUCAGUGGGUGAACAAGGCUCUCCCGGAGUGACAGGACAGAGGGGCCCCCCCGGACCCAUCGGCCCCCCUGGUCUGCCUGGUCUGCAGGGAGACCCCGGAGCCAAGGGAGAGAAAGGACACCCCGGCCUCAUUGGCCUCAUCGGACCCCCAGGGGAGCAGGGAGAGAAGGGAGACAGGGGCCUGCCAGGGCCACAGGGCAGCCACGGAGCCAAGGGAGAGACUGGAAUCGCAGGACCGACUGGACCACUCGGACCAGCUGGACCCCCCGGAUUACCAGGUCCUAUUGGUGUGAAAGGUGCCAAGGGAGCUUCGGGUCAAGCCGGUCCUAAAGGAGAGAAGGGUGUCGCUGGACCUGCAGGUCCGCCUGGCCCCCCUGGCGAGGUGAUCCAGCCCCUGCCCAUCCAGAUGUCCCCUAAGAGGAGCAGGCGCUCAAUCGACGGCAGCCAGCUGGAGGAGGAGGGGGUGCAGGCCGACGCAGCCUUCGACUACGCUGAUAUCGGCAUGGAGGAGAUCUUCGGCUCCAUCAACUCCCUCAAACAGGAGCUCGAGCACAUGAGACACCCGCUGGGCACCAAGGACAACCCGGCCAGGACCUGCAGGGAUCUGCAGCUCAGCCAGGCUGACUUCAAGGAUGGUGAAUACUGGAUCGAUCCCAACCAGGGCUGUGCUCGAGAUUCAUUCAAGGUGUUCUGCAACUUCACUGCGGGAGGAGAGACCUGCAUCUAUCCAGAUAAGAAGACUGAGUCGGUGAAGAUGAACUCCUGGAGCAGCGAGACCCCUGGAACCUGGUUCAGUGAGUUCAAACAAGGCAGCAAGUUCUCGUAUGUGGAUUCCGAAGGUGAGCCCCUGGGUGUGGUUCAGCUCACGUUCCUGCGGCUGCUGUCUGUCUCGGCCCGGCAGAACUUCACCUAUCACUGCCACCACUCCGUGGCCUGGCAGCACUUGGGCAGCGACAGCUUCGAGCGGGCCCUGCACUUCCAGGGGGCCAACGAGGAAGACAUGAGCUACCAGACCAGCCCCUACAUCAAGGCACCACUCGAUGGCUGUGCUUAUCGCAAGGGCUAUGACAAGACAGUUCUGGAGGUGAACACUCCCGUGGUGGUGCAGCUGCCUGUGCUUGACGUCAUGUUCACAGACUUUGGGGAGGCCAAGCAGAAAUUCGGCUUUGAUGUGGGACCUGUGUGCUUCCUGGGAUAGAACAAAAUAAACCAGAAACACAACCCAGCCUCAAAACACACAAACACAUUAAAAAAACAACCAAUGCAAAGCAAGCAAGCCUGUCCUGUCACAAUACUACAUGAACUCUCAACAUCAUCGAUACCACCCACGAGACCCCGGCCACACCCACUCACCACGCCCACCUCACACCUCCUCCCCUGCCACACCCUCCAUAGUCUUACUGGCGGGCAGAUAAAAGAUGAAGAAAUAUGAGAAUAACGAAGAGAAAGAGCUGCCUAUGCCUGCUGCUGAAUGCAUAAGAGAUGAAACCGGAGGAGCUGUUCAGCAAACACAUGAACUUCAAUAACACUGAAAUGAAGAAAGACUUUCAUAACAUCGAAGAAAAAACAAACAGCAGAAACCAAAAAAAAAAAAAGAUUACCAAAGAAAGGGAAGGGAAACCGGUAUCCAUAUACGUGGGGUCUAGCUGGUAAUUUAGAUUGAUAUAUACCAGCUUUUACUACCAAAGAACAGUGCAGUUCCAGUUUACAGCCAGCAGAUGUCAACAUAGAGCUUG